AUGGUCUCCCUUCUGGACUGCCCGGCCGAGCUGCGGCAGCAAAUCUUAGACCACCUCAUCCCGAGCGAGGUCCGCGACGCCGGCGCCGCCCCAAGGACGGCACCGCUGCUCCCGCUCCUCCUGGCCUGCAAGAAGAUCCGGCUCGACACCCUCCAGCUCCUCAAGAAGUGGUCACCAGUGUACCAUUUCGAGCGGCCGGCGACCAUCCUCGGGGCGCGGUGGCGGCCGGACGAGCCGCACAUGCGCAACAUCAGCCUGCGGCUGUUUGCGGACAUGGACCUCCACGCCGCGCGCUACAUAACGGCCUUCGGCGCCAGCGGCGUGUUCGAUCCGGACUCGUGGGUCCGGUGCGCGACCUCGCUGCCGCGGCUCGCUGUCGAGUCCGUCGUGGUCGACCUCACUGCCGCGCCCGCGUGGAUGGUCGCCAGGCGGCCUGACUGGGUGCGUGGCACGCUGCUGGACGCACGAAACAGAUGUCUCCUAGAUAAUUGUGUUGUAGAAGUUACGGCUAUUGUCAAGAAGGUGAGCGAGGUCUACGGACCAGGGGUCCCGGUCCAUCUCGGAGGCGUCGUCACGCGCAAGGCGAAGAAAGCCGUCGACGAGAUGCUGGACUGGGCGAGGAAGGAGGCGGGCUGUGUGAAUAUCGCAUUCGUGGGUGAGUGGAUCGCUGGGCCCAAAGAGCUACCCACCAGACUGUCGCUGGUACUUUUGUGCCGCUGCUGGGGCAUGAAGCUGGAACAGCCAGCGGUGGCGCAGUACGAUACGCCGAGGUGGAUUCAGAUCCGCAACGAGGCGCGCGAGGCAGGUCUGACAGUGCCGGAUGUGGACCUCAAGGCCGUGGGGCUGGUGAAGUGGUCUAAGAACUCUUGCACGGCGUACUACGUCAACGCCCAGGUGGACGAGGAGGGCACGCGGUCCGAGCUAGUGCGCGUGCUCCGCUUCGCGGUCGAGGCGAGGACCGUGGGCAUCCAAGGUGACGUGGCUAUCGAUUUCGAGCCGGCGAUCAGGGAGCGGCGCUUCCUGAUCCACUGCCUCGCCAAGGACUUGGGGCUUACGAGCGUGAGCGUAGGGGGCCCAGAGGAGAAGUUCGAGAUGUGCUAG